AUGUCUUACUUACAAGUACAAUUAAGUCAAAUGCGUCAGAACGCAAAGGAAUCAGUUAAAGAUUUUUCUAUUAGAAUUGAAAAAACAGCUCACGAAUUAAUGAACGCGUUAACGGUAGGUAGGGACUCACCAGAUUCAGAAAUAAUAGCGCAAACAGUGCGAGCUCACUCACUAAGCGUAUUCAUAGCGGUUGAUGACAAUAGUACACUUACAAAUGAAAAUAUUUUGAAUGAAACUGCUUUACAACAAGAACAAGCUGUUUACACUAAUUUGUCGGAAAUAAAUGAUACUAAAGAAUAUGAUAUAGGUUUUGCAGUUGAAAAGGAUUCUAAUGUUAAAAUACGAAAAGAGAUAAGUCAACUUUAUAAUUAUUUAUGUAAAACGUGGACUCCAAAUAAAAAGUAUGUUUUUCCAGUAACAAAAGAUAAAAAUGGUCAUAGUAGAAGUUUUCGUAUUGAAUGGAUAAAUAAAUACAAUUGGUUAGCUUAUAGUCAUUUAAGUAAGGGAGCUUUUUGCAAAGUGUGUGUACUUUUUGGACCAAAGGUGGGUGGAAUUGGAGGACAAAGGCUUGGAAUCUUGAAAGAAACUCCUUUAAUUAAGUACAAAGAUGCUUUAUAUGAUUUAAAAAAGCAUGCUGAAAGAGAAUAUCAUAAAACUGCAAUUUUACGAUCAUUUGAAUUUAUUAAAUGUUUCGAAGGUAAACAACAAACAGUUGAAGUUCAACUUAAUGACCAAAUAGACGCUUGUGAUGAAAAUCUUCGUAAACAUUUUGAAUCGGCGUCAAAAAACGCGACAUUCGUCAGUAAAACUGUUCAAAAUGAAUUGAUAAAUAUAUGUGGCUCAAUCAUAACAGAUAAACUUAUAAAAGAGAUAAAGGACAGUGUUUUCUAUUCAAUUUUAUGUGAGGAAACUUCAGAUUUGACGCAUAUUGAACAAAUGAGUUUAUCUGUUAGAUAUGUAGAUACAACAACAUGUACAAUUAAAGAAAAUUAUAUUUGUUUUGUACCUGUAUUUGAAUGUACUGGCGAAAACUUGGCUAAUAUAAUUAUUCAAAAACUGAAGGAAUUAGGUUCAAGUUUAGAAUUUUUACGUGGUCAAGGAUACGAUGGAGGUGCUAAUAUGUCAGGGAAAUAUAAAGGUGUACAAGCUAGAAUUCUUAAUUUACAACCAAAAGCGUCUUAUACACAUUGUGCAUCACAUCGGUUAAAUUUAACAUUAUUAAAAGCUUGCAAUGUACUACCCAUAAAAAAAUCAUUUUCGAUCGUUAAAGAAGUAUGCAAUUUUGUACGUGAUUCCCCGAAAAGAGUUGAUUUGUUUAAAAAAGUAAUCACUGAACAUUUACCGACAUCAAAAUCUGUUAUUUUAAUAAAACUAUGA